GGUUACAGAUGGCCACAUAUCAAUCAAAGGACAUCACAGCCAGGAGGAGGAAUUCUGUAGUUCCUAGGAACAAGUAAAGGAAACCUUGUAGGAAGCAUCCCAGAAAGGAGAUGGUCUUAUUUCCUGUUAGGAUGUUGUUCAGCAUCUUGGGAAAGAUGACAGAAGUGAACCGGAUCUCCAGUACAGCAAAGUUUCUGAGGAAGUAGUACAUGGGGGUGUGAAGACGAUGAUCCAUCAGGGUGAUGACAAUGAUGAGGAGGUUCCCCAGCAGUGUGAUAAGGGGAAAAGAUUCAGGAUGACCUUGCCCAUGAAGAAUCAGACCACCACAGUGACCGAGUUCAUUCUGCUUGGUUUUCCCAUCAGCAGAGAAGUGGAGCUACUGUUCUUUAUGUUCCUUCUGCCCACAUAUCUCUUGACACUCCUGGGGAACAUCCUCAUCAUCUGCAUUGUUGUGUCCUACUCAAGCCUCUACACACCCAUGUACUUCUUCCUCUGCAAUCUCUCCAUCUUGGACAUCCUCUUCACCUCUGUCAUUUCCCCAAGGGUUCUGGCCAAUUUGGCCACUGGGGAUAAGACCAUCUCCUUUGCUGGGUGUGUCACCCAGUGCUAUUUCUACUUUUUCCUGGGGACAGUGGAAUUUCUUCUAUUGACAUGCAUGUCCUACGAUAGGUAUGCUGCCAUCUGUAAUCCACUGAGGUAUAGCACGAUUAUGAGUCCAUCUGUAUGCAUUGGACUGGUUCUUUUCUCAUGGGUGGGUGGUUUCUUGUCUGUUCUUUUCCCCACCAUACUCAUCUCUAGGUUACCCUUCUGUGGCUCCAAUAUCAUAAGCCACUUUUUCUGUGACAGUGGGCCUCUAUUGGCCCUGGCCUGUACAGACACGACAUCUAUUGAGCUGAUGGAUUUUCUGCUGUCAUCCACUGUCAUCCUCAUCUCCUUAAUUCUCAUUGGGUACUCCUACACCCACAUCAUCAUGACCAUCUUACGAAUCCCAUCAGCCAGUGGGAGGAAGAAGGCCUUUAACACGUGUGCUUCUCACCUGACCAUUGUAGUGAUUGCUGGUGGGAUCACAGUCUUUAUAUAUGUGACUCCCUCCCAGAAAGAAACCUUGGAGAUCAACAAAAUACCCUCAGUGUUGAGCAGUGUGGUGGCACCUUUCCUUAACCCUUUCAUAUACACCCUGCGCAAUGACACAGUGCUAGGGAUCCUCAGGGAGGUAGAAGUGGGAGUCAGAGCUUUAUCAGUCAAGAGGAGGAGAAGGUCACUCCUAAGAAUGCUGCCCCACAAAGGUCACUGA